AUGACGAUCCAUCCGGCGUCGCGCCCCCUCUCCCCGGCCGCCGCGGCGGGGGGGCGCAGGCGCAGUGGGGCUGAGGCCUAGUUUUUUUCCCCCUAGCUCCGACCCGCCUGCCAUUGUCCUGAUGGGCUCGGCCCCUCCGCCUGCGGCCUCGGCCGCUGCCGCCUCCUCCCGCCGACACUCGUGUUACCUGUGCGACCUGCCGCGGAUGCCGUGGGCCAUGAUCUGGGAUUUCUCGCAGGCCGUGUGCCGGGGCUGCGUCAACUACGAGGGCGCCGACCGUAUCGAGUUGGUCAUCGAGCAGACGCGGCACCUGAAGCGGGCGCACGGCCUCCCUCCGCCGGGCCCCGCUCCAGCCCAGGCCCAGGCCCGGCCCCGCACCCCCCUCCCACCGCAUCACCGCCUCCUCCUGGGGGAAUACCCGGGCCCCGAGCCGCCGCCGCCGCCUCCUCCGCCUCCUCCUCCCCCGCUCGGCCUCAGCUCCCGCUCGGGCCCGGGGCCUAGCCUGGGCCUGGGCCUGGGCUUGGAGUUGGGCGGCCGGCGGCCCGAGCUGGAGCGGGCGCUGCGGGAGAAGGGGCCGGCGGUGGUGGCGGGGGCGGCGGGGGGCGGGCCCGAGGUCGCGCUCUCCGAGCUGAGCCGGGCCCUCCGGCACCGGGCCGAGGAGUGGGCGGGCCGGCCGGCCGCCGUCAGGGACUCGCUGCUCGGCCUGUCCGACUGCGCCCCUUUCCCGCUCCGCUUGCGGGCCGAGCCCUCGCUCCUGGGCCGGGUGCUGGCUUUCGACGCGGCGGAGAGGGCGCCGGACCGGGCGCUGGAGCUCCGGCUCUUCAUCGAGUACCCGAGCGGCUCCGGGGCCGUGCACUCCGGGGUGGCCGAGGCCUGUCGCCACAUGCUGGCCGACAGCGCCAAGGAGGCCGGGGGAGCAGGCGGAGGGGGCAGCCCGGGCCUCGAGUGCCUGGAGUACGAGAGGCGACCCGGGGCCGGGGACUGGAGGCCGCUGGCCCAGCUCCUGACCGAAGCCGCCCGCCUCUUCAAGGAGGCCGUGCCCGCCGAGCUGCUCCCCGAGCCCCACGCCGAGCCCGGGGGCAGCUCCGGGCCCCGGGCACCCCCUUCCCGCCCGGCCACUCGCCGCCGUAAAGCCUCCCCGGACCGGGAGCCCGAGGCGGGCAAGGCGGUGCCAGGCGACGGGCAACCCUGGGCCGCCCCCCUCUCCUCCACCUCGUCCUCCUCCUCCUCCUCCUCCUCGGUGCCCCCCUCCGCCCACCUGCUGCCCGACGGCCCGACCCAGAUAGGGCACUCGCCCGCUCCCGACUCCCUGGGGCCCAAGGAGCUCGGCCAGGCCGUGCACUCCACCACGGCGCCCGGCCAGAGUGGCCAGCGGCGCCUGGCCUCCCGCAACGGUGACCCCGGCGGCCCCUCGGCCGAGGCCGGCCCGGGCUCCGAGCCCCCCGGUGCCCCCGACUCCUCCAACAGCCCGCUCUGCUGCACCAUCUGCCACCAGCGGCUGGAGGACACCCACUUUGUCCAGUGCCCCUCGGUGCCUGGGCACAAGUUCUGCUUCCCCUGCUCGAGGGAGAGCAUCAAGUCGCAGGGGGCCAGCGGCGAGGUGUACUGCCCCAGCGGCGAGAAGUGCCCCCUCAUCGGCUCCAACGUGCCCUGGGCUUUCAUGCAAGGGGAAAUCGCCACCAUCCUGGCGGGCGACAUCAAGGUGAAGAAGGAGAGGGACCCCUGAGCUGCAGCGCCGUUGGGUUGGUGUGUCGAAAAAUCAGAAGCCGUCUGCACAACACCCCCCCUCUCCUCACCCCCCCCAACCCCACCUCUCCUCACCACCGCCACCCCAUCCACAGAUGGGCUGAGAUGUUUCUGCCAACCGAAAGAAAUAAAAGACGUUGGGAUUAAUUCGCCUGCUUGGAAGAUUCCCAGGACAGAUUUACUGUAGUGGGGCAUUUGCCGCAAUCCCCACCUCAUGGCCCAUCUUGGCACUAGACGCUGGGCCAUCAGUGGAGAACGGGCACUGACUGCCGUCUUGAGGCAAGAGUUUUUCACUUUGUUUGAGAUUUCGACAUGUUCAAACUUGAAUCAUUUUCAUGCCGACGUCGUGGAUCUCGAGGUGCUACAAGGGGACUGGACACCCAGUUAUUGACACUGGUUUUGGACUAUGUCUUCACAUUCAACAGACUCUGGACAACCACUUUUUGUAUAUGUGCGUUUGUGUAUGUGUGUUUAUAUGUUGUGCUGUUUCUCGCCCCACCCACCCCCAUUCCAGGUGGAAAGUGCAACAAGAGGCAUCCAUGAUGUUUUAACAUGGCUUUUGCUUGCCAUUUCCCCCCCCCCCGCCCUUUCGUGUGUUUGUCCACUGCCCGCUCACUGUGCCAUAGAGGGUAGUGAAGAUUUGAGUACUGCUCCUUCCAAAAUCGAGGAGGUGGGGUGGUGGGUGGGAGCUGAGUGUUUGUUACGGGAGCUGGUUUGCCAGUGUCAUUCAGAUUCAUACUGCGCAGUACAACUCUGGAGCAGUCACCGGGUUUGACCUUUUUAAGAAAAAAAAAUCAAUGGACCCAUUGCAGAUUAAACUGCCAGAGCUGGAAACACAUUGCAAGUUUGUGUGUGGUUGUAUGCAGGGGGUGCGGGGGGCUGGUGCGGAGGUGUUCCUCGCUCUCUCACCAAGACCUCUACCACAUAAUGCUAGCUUCUGUCCGAUGGCUCAGAUGGUUAAAGCACAGAGUAGCCGGGCAUGUCUAGGAUGCACCUUCUGGUCUGCGCCCAAUUAUCUGGUAACAAUCUAGGGCAGUGAGUUGGGAGAGGGAUUUCUCAAUUGACCUCAGCACUCUAUCCACUCAGCCCCUUAGAUUAAGAAGGACGGCUCCGUUCUGGUCGCUGGGUGGUGACUGCUGCUGAGGACGUAUGCGUGGGUGUUGAACAAGAGCGUGAUGCGACCUGGCAGCGAUGCUUCCCUUAGUCGAAUGGCCUCUGUGAAUUCCCGCCGUGUGAAAGACAGCCACGUGGACAAGGUGGUGGAGCAGGAUGCCUCGUCUUCCACCUGUCAGCGUCCCUAGUAAGAUCAACAGCCAUGUGAUGGGAAGAGGGAAGGUGGAUAGGAACUAGGUGGACUCUCAGCCAGUGGUAUUCUUUGGGCUGCGGCUUGAGCUCGGGUGGCUGUGAAGAGUGUAACUUGCCUUCAGGAAAAGGAUAGACUUCAGUGUCACCAUCAUGGACAAAACGGUGUGUUCAUACCUCCAUGACUGCUUUCCUGUCUGUUUAAAAAAAAUAACUGCGUCAUAUGUGAGGGUGAAAGAAAAGUUUCACCAUUAUCUGGCCAGCCAAAUAUGGAGGAGACUGAACCUGAGCUGCAUUUUGCGACUGGCCGUUACUGAACCCCGCAGUUGACCACUCGUGACAGUGGUCCGGGUCUUUGUGAUUGGGACUACAGUUGCUCAGGAUGUGCAUAUCGAGCUUUGCCUUCUGUGCUGGAGCGGACUUCUGACCUCCACCACCCCCCCCUCCACCCCCCAGCCCCGCUGCCUCAGUGACCAGUCGGGUACAUCUUUGGAAGGCAGAGUCUGUGAAGCUGAGCCUUGGCAAGACUUGUGAGUGGGGUGGGUUUUGAUCAGAUGUUGUAAUGAUAAUGAUGAGUGAUGUCAGCCAUUUUGUUUGCUCAUCUUGUGUGUGUUUAAAAUGCUACUGUUUUUUUUUAAAUGAUAAAACUACUGCACCCUUGCAAAGUAACAGUGAGCGUCUGGGGAGGUUUUCAUUGUGUGAUCUGAUUUACCAGUGUGUGUUGUGUCUCUCGAUUCCUGUGACUGUACUGCCUGUUUCUUCCUCCCUGUAUUGUAAUAAUCUGUAAUUACCUUAGCUUGUGAUAAUCAUGGUUUAACAGAAGAAUGUUUUUUUUUUAUAUUUAAAUUCAAAAUCCCUACAAAAUAAAGCCCU